AGCUCCGCCCCUCUUCCCCCUCGCUGUCUUCCUCGGCCUGUGCUGCCGCCGACGCCGCUGUGGGCCUGGCUGCGCUCCGUCGCCUUCUCCUCUGAGCGCUUCCCAGCCGGCCGCCAUGGCGAACGUGGCCGACACUAAGCUGUACGACAUUCUGGGCGUCCCACCCGGUGCCAGCGAGAACGAGCUGAAGAAGGCAUACAGAAAGUUAGCCAAGGAAUAUCAUCCUGAUAAGAAUCCAAAUGCUGGUGACAAAUUCAAAGAAAUAAGUUUUGCAUAUGAAGUACUGUCAAAUCCUGAGAAACGUGAAUUAUAUGACAGAUAUGGAGAACAAGGUCUUCGGGAAGGUAGCGGCGGAGGUGGUGGCAUGGAUGAUAUUUUCUCUCACAUUUUUGGUGGGGGAUUGUUCGGCUUUAUGGGCAAUCAGAGUAGAAGUCGAAAUGGCAGAAGAAGAGGAGAAGACAUGAUGCAUCCACUUAAAGUAUCUUUAGAAGAUCUGUAUAAUGGCAAGACAACCAAACUACAACUUAGCAAGAAUGUACUCUGUAGUGCAUGCAGUGGCCAAGGUGGAAAGUCUGGAGCUGUUCAGAAGUGUAGUGCUUGUCGGGGUCGAGGUGUACGCAUUAUGAUAAGACAGCUGGCUCCGGGAAUGGUACAACAGAUGCAGUCUGUGUGUUCUGACUGUAAUGGAGAAGGAGAGGUAAUUAAUGAAAAGGACCGCUGUAAAAAAUGUGAAGGCAAGAAGGUGAUUAAAGAAGUGAAGAUUCUUGAAGUCCACGUAGACAAAGGCAUGAAACAUGGACAGAGAAUUACAUUCACUGGGGAAGCAGAUCAGGCCCCAGGAGUGGAACCAGGAGACAUUGUUCUUUUGCUCCAAGAGAAGGAACAUGAGGUGUUCCAGAGAGACGGGAAUGAUUUGCACAUGACAUACAAGAUAGGACUUGUUGAAGCUUUGUGUGGAUUUCAGUUCACAUUUAAACACCUUGAUGGACGUCAGAUUGUGGUGAAAUACCCCCCUGGAAAAGUAAUUGAACCAGGAUGUGUCCGUGUAGUUCGAGGUGAAGGAAUGCCACAGUAUCGUAAUCCCUUUGAAAAAGGUGAUCUAUACAUAAAAUUUGAUGUGCAGUUUCCUGAAAACAACUGGAUCAACCCAGACAAGCUUUCUGAACUAGAAGACCUUCUGCCAUCUAGACCAGAAGUUCCAAACAUCAUUGGAGAUACAGAGGAGGUAGAGCUUCAAGAAUUUGAUAGCACUCGGGGCUCAGGAGGUGGUCAGAGGCGUGAAGCCUAUAAUGAUAGCUCUGAUGAAGAAAGCAGCAGCCAUCAUGGACCAGGAGUGCAAUGUGCCCAUCAGUAAACUCUGCAAACAAAUUGCACAGGUGGAUUUUCUUUCCACAUUUGCUCAGUUUGCUUUCAGCUAUCCAGCUGGAGUGUCUGGUCAAUCCAGAUGAACUGAUGGACAUCUGUUGGUCUAUGUGUAACUUUUAAAAUUGGUAUAGUAUCUACAGAGUGUAUAAUUUAAACUAACCACAAAGCUUUACAUCUUCAUUUUGACUGUUCUGUAGCAGAAUAAAGCACUUGAAAGGAAACAAGACUCCCUUUCACACAUGGGUUAUAAGUUUCAGUCCUGGUAUCUGUGCUUGAUUUUUAUCAGUUUUGUGUAGAUUUUAUGUUCAUAUUUUAAAUCCAAAUCCCACAUUGUAAAGUUUGUGUACAAUUUGUCCUGAAGCUUUGUGUUUGGCUGCACCUGCGUAAGCUGCUACAAAUAGAAUAAAGAAUUUCAUAGCCUGUAUCUAUCAUUUAGAUGCAUGGAAAAAUGGGCUUUGCACACAAUGGGUUUGGAGCUGACUGGGAACAAUGGAGAAAAUAACAUUAGCUGUGGUUGUAAAGUUUUUUUUUUUUUUGUUUUGUUUUGUUUUUCUUUCCCCCCUCUUUUUUUUUUUUUAACCAUCUUGUGAAAGGUUUCUGAGACUCAAUAAUAAAAAGCAGUUGGUAUAAAUUAUUCUUUGUGUCACAUUUUUAGAAGGAAAAACAUACUUUGAACUGUAAAAUGUAUCUUUAAGCUGGAGAAUGUAUCCUUCAUUCUGGUUCUUAAGCAGCCCUUAAAAGCCCAUUGGCCUGAAGCUUAUGCUUCAGGUACAUGCCCAUUUUAUAGUUUUAAAAGGCAAAAAGAAAGUUUGACAUGUUGGUAAAAACAGGCUUUAUUGGCUUCAACUGAUGCUUUGUACAGUCAAGGACAUCUGAGUUCUGUAACUCAUAAGUUAUAAUCCUGAGCAUUGGGGCCAGGUUAACCUAGCCGCUGUAUUUCCCCACCACCUCCCCCUUUUAAAAAUAAGGUAACAGCAAAUCAAUAUUAGAACCAUGUCUGCAUAGAACCUGUUAAAAUGCUCUGUUUUCAUUAAAUGUUAAGUUAAA